AUGCGGGCUAGAAUAAGGAAGUUCGCUUCUGGGUUAAGUCAGUAUUUGAUUUUGGAGAGCAAGAUUGCCUUGUUGAUUAGAGAUAUGGGCAUCUCUAAGUUGACUGUUCAUAUGCAAAAGGUAGAAAAUGGGGAGAGGAAACAGACGGAGUUUGGGGAUAGACAGGGGGAAGAGAAACAGUUCUGUAGUUAUCCUCAUUGGGAUUAUUGCGAUAAAGGAAAGGACAAAUACUUCAAGUGUGGCCAGGCAGGCCAUCAUCUCAGGGAUUGUCCGGUUAAUAAGGUGGCUACGGGGGAGAGUAAGAUUAUUGUGGCUUUAUCUUCUGCUCCUACACCUGGUGGUCUUACAUCUAAUUUUGUUACUAUUCCUAGUUCUAGUAUUGGUCGGAACAGGUUGUAUGCUUUGGCGUCUCGACAGGAAUUAGAGGCAUCAGCUGAUGUCAUUAUUGGUUAUUCAUGGGGAGUUUGGCUUAUAUGCAGGAAGGAAAGUGGGAAUUAUUGA